UCUGUACACCUGUGAGGGCCUGUUGCGCUCCAGCCAGCCGUCGAACUCUGACCUGGGAGUAAUUUUCGAGUCGAACACAAUCCAAGGGUCCAUGUCUGCGGCCAUGGCCUGAGCGGCGUAGGUCUCCGCGGCAAAGGGGGUCUCCACCUCGCCGUCCACCGGGGCCUCUCCCUCCUCCAUGAUGCGGCGAGGAUUAAGAAGAUUAUGCAGACAGAUGAAGAAAUCGGCAAAGUGGCUGCAGCAGUACCUGUUAUUAUUUCGCGAGCCCUGGAGCUUUUUUUGGAAUCGUUGCUGACAAAGGCCUGUGAAGUCACCCAGUCAAGGAAUGCAAAGACGAUGACGACGUCACAUCUAAAACAGUGUAUUGAACUGGAGCAACAGUUUGAUUUCUUAAAAGACCUGGUGGCAACAGUGCCAGACAUGCAGGCCGAGGGGGAAGAGAACAACACCGAGGGGGGAGGAGAGAAAGUCUCCCGCAGGGGUCGAAAACCAGGAUCUGGACGCAAGAAUGGAGGUGGCGGCUCCAAAGGCAAGGACAAGAAGUUGUCUGGCACCGAGUCAGAGCAAGAGGACGACUCCGAAGACAGCGAGACGGAAGGGGACGAGGAGGACGGCUCUCAGUCGAGCACAAAUCUACAGGCUGCGGCCAAGUUCCACAGCUCAAGCGCGCCCCCCAACUACAUGCACACGGGUAACACAGUUUCAAUGGGCAGCAUGGCUCCAGCACAGCCACAGGGCGGCAUGGCCUUUGCCCCCCACCCCUCCAUGAUGAGCGCUGCACCUCCUCCAUCAGCCCCUGCGCCGCACAAAACCGAGGAGGACGACGAUGAAGACUAUGACUCUUAGCUCCGUCUGCCCGCUUCCUUCCAUCCUCCACCACUCACUCUCUCUCUCUCACAUACAUGAACACCUACUCUCUUUCAAUGUUUUUUUUUCAAUUCCAUAAGCGGACGCUCUAAGCACAGGCGGUAAAGACUUUUCAUCGCAGCCCGCCGACAGAUGCUGGCUGAAAGAGACACCGGCACAGGAGACAAAACUGGUUGUAUAUUACGUGUUUUGAUUUCAAUUUUCUUUCUUUCUUUUUAAAAAAAAAAAGGGUUUUAUUUUAUUGUAGGGGAGAGUCCCACAAGGAUGUUUUUUAACAAGUCAGUCAUUCUAUUUUGACUAUUAAAAAUGGAAGUCCUAGCUGUUUUUUUUGCCACGAGCCCCCGGCAGACAGGAUAGGUGUGGUUUGUGUUGCCUUAUAGCUUUUUUCUUUUUGCAUCUUCCUUUCCUCCUAAUCCUCUGCAACACACAAGAUGAAGAGAACUUCAUCAAGUCAUCAUGCAAACCCUCAGGUUGGCUAGAAGAAAAAAUAUAUAAAAGUAAAUGGUAGUUAAAGCCUGAUUACAGCAUUUAAUGCUCACACAAAUGCGGUGGACAGAUAUGAAUUCAGGGCAAGAGCUUGUAAAGCAUGUGGCAGGUAAUCAGCACUUGUGUGAGGGAAAAGGAGGUCAUAGUCUAUAUAUUAUAUGACUGCGUUAUCGAAUGGCUCUGAGUAACUGCUGUUAAGAUGUGAGUCCUACGUCCGGGCUCCGCCACGUCUUGCUAGUCAGUUCAAUUGUUAGGCUGUAACACAAACAAGAAAGCAGGUGUAUUUUUACUAUAGGUUAGCAAGCCACAGCUUUUCUUUUUUCUUAUUGGUUUCUAUUUUUAAUUCAUGUUUUUUAUCAAGAGAACUCUAAAGCUUCACAACCAUGGCCCUGGAGAAGACCAUAUCAGCGGGUUAAUGAUUUACAUUGUGUUGGUGGUGUUGUUGUUUUUGAUGCUGUCAGGCGUUUAGACGUCCUGUAUUAUUUUAUACGACCGCUGAAUUCCCCCUGAAUCACCCAGAAGAAGUGUCCCUUGACUCUCGAACCAUGACUUUGUUUUUAAAGUUGUUCGUCCCCCUCUAAUUUCUCCUCUGGCCACCCCUCCAGUUUGAGUAACCUCCUCCUUUAUCUUAGAUUGUUUUAGAUGUAUCCAUUGAAAGCAGAGACGGGGGCUCCCAUUUAUGUCAGUCUCCGUAUGAAAUGUUUCCAAAUAAACAGUUGAAGCUGUAUUGUAAACUUUUAACAUUCUUUUUAUUUUGUAUGGGUGAAAUAAAGUUCAUAUUUCAAGUUUAAA